AGAUGAAGAAAAUUCUCAAGAUUGAAAAUAUUUUUAUUUAAAUUUUUAUUUUUCACGAAAGAUAUGAAAUUAUGGUGCAUAAAAUUACUAAAGAUAGCUAAAUGUUCUUAUUAUUGUUUCAAAGUUAGUGAUAAAAUGUAAAAGAAAUGAAUACAAAAAAUUCAGAAGAUACGUCGACUUUUGAUACCAGCAAUGAUUCAAACUUUUUCAAUAAUGAAGAUCAAGCUGAAUCUUCCGAGCAGAAAAGUAAUUUUCGUGGAACGAAAAUUGCAAGACGUGCUCGCUCAUUUAAAGAUGAUUUUUUUGAAAAAAUAUCUCAAAUGAGAACACCAACAAAUACGAUAUCAAGGUCGCAUUCGCCUAAAGCAAAGAAUACUCCAAAUCUCAUACGAGAUGAUUCUUCGAAAACAACGUCUUAUGAUUUAAAUUAUCAUGCGAGACAAGUCAAACACUCUCUAACGCAUUUCAAGGAUGUUAUAAACAAAAAUAAGCUUGAAAUGUUACCUGGAAAUGUCACAAUUGUACUCGAGUCUAUUGCGAAUAUUCAUUCGGUGCUUAAAGCACAGAAAUCAAAUGAACAUAGUAGUGCCAUCAUAUCAGCAACACAGCAAGUAUUUGUGUCAUUAGGAAAUCUUAUUAAGCUGUGUGACGAUGCUUUGAUAUCUGAUAACGAAGAGAAUUUCAUAGCAUUAAAUAAGGAAACUGUCACAGAAAUUAUCGAGAGUCUUGACAAUGCAGUGAAUAAUCUCGUAAAUCAAGCGUAUAAAAAAGCUGACAACAAUUCAAAUGUGAGAUCGAAAGUUGAGUUAGAAAGUGAAAGUUUAGAGCAGAGAUCAUCACUACCUGACAUUCCAUUGUCGAAAAAGGAGAAAAUUGAGUUACAAAAUGCUAUGCACAUGCAAAAUUCUCAAAGUUCUGAAAGUGUUUUAUUUGGCAUUACUCCACCACCAAAGCCAUCGAAAGAUCAUAAACCUGACGCUCCUCCUUUACCACCUAAAAAGAAAGCAUUUUCAACAUCUGAUGAAACCGAUAACAUCGCACAAGUGUCAAGUCAAUUUCAUCAUGAUCGGAGAAUUGAUUAUCGAAUUGAUGAUUUUGAUCGCAACACAUUUGAUGACAGGAGAUCAUUAGAGUCAAUGCAAUUACCGAAGAUACAACAACCCAACGAUUUUGAAGUCUCUUCAAUGGGCUUCAAAGAAUGUAAAUUUGAGAUUAAUCAAGAGUUCAACUCACAAGUUUUUCAAUCCAUUUCAUCUGACAUGAAUGACAUCGACAAUAGUUUCAGUUUCAUGUCAUUAAAUCAAAGUCAUAAAGUGAUGGCUGAACAAAACAUUACGAGUAGUGAAAGUAUUUUCCAUUCAGAAUCAUCAGAACAUGAACAGCCACCACCACUUCCUGUUAAAACACGAAGUCGAAGUCUCCGUUUAGAGCAGCCUAAGUCAGUGUAUGAUAAUAUUGAAGACAACAAUAGAAUAUCAUUAGACACCAAAGCUUCAGUAACUUCAUCGAAUUCAUCAUUAACUUCAUCAUUAUCAGCAAGAAAUGAAACAAUUUCAGAAAAUUUCUUUCAUCAUCAAUCAAUUGUUAAGAAUAAAUAUAAAAGUUGCAUCGAACCAGUACGAAACUUUGGAAUGGAUGUGUCAGAUGACAACGAAAAUCCUCCACCAUUACCGAUGAAGAAAAAGCACAUGUUUCAAAGUGUCGCUUAUUCAGUUAUGGCCUAUAUGGAGAUAUUUGGCAACGCUUCCCAUAGCACUCAUGUAACACAUGACGAUGCAACAUUAGUCCGUCAUUCAAUGCAUUCAUUUUCUCACAAUGCAAGACUACAAAGUCAAUCAACGAGCUUUCAAAGCUCAUUAAUGCCAAAGAAUAGUCAAUUUACACCUCCUGCAUUACCACCUAAGAAGACUAAAAUAAGUUCAUCAAAUGCUUCAUUGAACAGCCUCGUCACUCCACCUGUAAGUCCAAAGAUUGUGAAUGACAAUGUUUUUACUUCAUCAAAGAUUGAAGAGAAAAUUAACAAUGGACCAACGAUGAUCGAUAACAACGAAGCUCAAAACAAUAUUGGAACAUUAAACGAAGAUGAAAUCAAAGACAAUGGUGCUGUUGUGUUGCGUAAGAAACCAAAUGAAUCGACCAACUUUAUGGAAGAACUUGAUGUUCAAAGUUUUCUUAGCUUUAAAAGAGACAGCGAAGAAGCUUCUGACAUUCUAAUGGGAGGUCGUGUUGAUGCUCUCAUUAUUCAUGCUACAAAAAACACCGCUCAGAAAUCUUCAGAAGCUUUCGGAGAAGCAUUUCUUCUGACAUAUCGUACAUUCAUAAAUCCAAAUGACCUAAUAGAAAAAUUAAUUUAUCGAUAUACAUUUUUUAAUUGUCAAAACAAUGACCAGAAGCAGAGAGCUGCUAAAGAAUCUUUCUCGUUAUUAGUGAGAGUUGUAAACGAUUUAACUUCUCCUGAUUUGUCAACAAACCUAAUGGAGAAAUUGAUACAAUUCGUUUAUGAUUUGGUUUGUGGUGGUGAACUUUUAAUGGCAAAAUUAUUGCGAGUCAAACUUAUUGAAAAGAGUCUUUUGCUAAAGAGAAAAGCACAAUUAGGACCGAACUUUUUAUCAUCACGACCAGUCAUGAGUAAUCCACCAUCACUUCUUGAUCUCAAGUCAACUGACAUUGCUGAGCAAAUGACCAUCUUAGAUGCAGAACUUUUUCAUAAAAUAGAGAUUCCUGAAGUUUUAAUUUGGGCACAAGAACAGUGUGAAGAAAGGUCACCAAACUUAACGCUUUUCACAGCGCACUUUAACAAAUUAUCUUACUGGACAAGAACGCAAAUAUUGAAGCAACAAGAUGCAAGGGACCGAGAGAAACAUGUGAUGAAAUUUAUAAAGAUUAUGAAGCAUUUAAGAAAAAUCAACAAUUUUAAUUCAUAUUUGGCUUUGUUGUCAGCGCUUGACUCUGCGCCGAUAAGACGAUUGGAAUGGCAAAAAAAUAUAACUGAAGGACUGAAAGAAUACUGUGCAUUGAUUGAUUCAAGCUCCAGUUUUAGGGCAUAUCGUCAAGCGUUAAGUGAAACUAAUCCCCCCUGCAUACCUUAUAUUGGCCUGGUGCUUCAAGAUUUGACUUUUGUUCAUAUUGGUAAUCCCGAUUUUCUGCCAGGUGGAUCAGUUAAUUUCUCCAAACGUUGGCAGCAAUAUAACAUAGUCAUAAAUAUGAAACGUUUUAGAAAUUGCUCGUAUGCUUUUAAAAAGAAUGAACGCAUCAUCGGGUUCUUUGACAACUUUGAUGAGUAUUUUGAUGAAGAUGCAAUGUGGCAAAUAUCUGAGAAAAUAAAACCAAGAGGUGGAAAGAGGGUUUUAAGUAAUUAAUAUGUUCCUUUUGAACCUUUUUAUGUGUUUCUUAUGAAAAAUAAAAUAAACUUAUGACAAUGAAACAA